CGCUUCUCCACACAAUCUUGCUUCCACUUCCUUCCUUCCUCAGCUUCUUCCGCCUCUCCCCUCACUCACCACUCGCUUCUUUCCUUCCUCUUGUUCUUCUUUCCUUCUUCUUCUUCUUGUUCUUCUUCGUCCACGUUGACGUGAGACAAUCCCACUGACGCUGCAGCAGAAAUCUCCACUACAACCACACGUCUUCCUUCACACCCCAGCAACGCAGCAUGCACCACCACCUGUGUGGUGAGAGGGCUGGCCACCCUCAGCGUUGUGCAGCAAGACCAGUGAACCACGUUUCGUUCCAUGUGAGGUGACUGAGGAGCAGUGAACGUGACAGGCCCCACCAAUUGGACGCUCGCCAUUCCGUCCUCCCUCUCUCCCCCUCUCUCUCUCUCUUUCCACCGCCAGCAUCACCAGCACAAGCACCAUUGGUUCCGUUCCGUUCCAGCAUUGCUCGUGGCUCGUCACUGACCUCGGUUUGUUGUUCAGUGGCUUGGCUUGGCUUGGCUUGGCUUGGGGUGCGGAAGCGGGGAGCGCACGCACACAAGAACAGAGGCCAACAGAGGAAAAACAUCUUUCCAGCCCCUUGCAGUCAAUUCUGCAUAUUUGGGCAGCGUUCGCAAUGAUUUGUCAAAGUUGCACUUUUGGACCAGCCACUCCGCACUCUCAGCACAUUCAAGGACCUGGGUGCUGACGGACGGAUGGACAGACGAACGGCUGUGGAGGAUGAAUGACAGGAAACUUGCUUCCGACGCGACCUACCACGCCCUGUGCAUGAGCAAUUUGCGGGCUCGUGUACGUGUGGUGUGAGACAUCCCCCGACAUCCUGCUCAAUUUGCGCUUCCCCCCACCACCAGCACCAGCAUCCAUGGCGAUGAUGCGUGUGAUGCGUGCUGUCCCAUCUGGUGCACUUGUGGCGGCCCUGCACAUGCACAUCGCCAUUCCCGCCAAUGUCAUUUGACCAAUGACUGGAUGUGCUGUUUGUCAGCUCUUCUCUUUUGCUGUGACACUUUUCCCGUCCUUCCUCAUCGUUCUUUCAACGUUGCCCGCCUUCCUGCCGAUAACUUGCUGUCCACACGCGCACAGGCGCAAGCACGCCCAUGUGUACACGUGUUCGUAUGCACGUGUUCGUCCUUCCUUCUUCUCGUCUCCUCGUUCUUCUUCCUUCCUUCUUCCUUCUUUCGGCCGCAGCCCCAACCGUUAACGCCUCAUUCAGCCGCCAAAUUCAAGUUUGUCAUGUCUGUCUCUUGCACUAUUGCCACUUCUCUCUCUCUCUCUCUCUCUCUCUCUCUCUCCCUCUCUCCCCCUCUCCUGCCCUCCUCUCCCCCUGUCCUCAACUUGACUAUUCUCCUUCACUCGCCCCCACGUCUCUUCUGACUCUCUUUGUGCUUGCAAGCCAGCGCCGCAGCCGUUGUUUGUGUUGUCGAAAUAUUAUUAUUAUGUGUUGUUGUCGUUAUCUGCGGCUGCUUGGGUAUGGCUGGCGUGCUACAUUGCUGUAUUACUUCUUCCUCCCCAUCGCAACGGUCAUUUUCUUCUCUUGCCGCACACCCACACAUCUGACACCGCUCUCUCGCACCUGCUGGCACGUUCACCCCUUCCCAUCUCCACCAAGAAGCGAGCAAACCAAGCAUGUCUUGCACCGUUGACGAGCUCUCCUCCUCCUUCCCCGUCGACCUGACGGUGAGCACGGGUGUCAGCAUUGCCCCGCGCAGCGACAAGCCAGCCAAAGGAGUACAUGCACGCACCCAGGACCGCCAGCAAGGCCCCUGGCACAACGUGCUUCGUUUGCCCAGGCGCCGCCGCCGCCGCCCCUCGCUCCCGGCCACCGAGUCCAGCCCCGCUGCUGCCCGUGGUGGUGGCCGCCGCUCCUGCCGCGUCACAGACACGGAUCUCCUUGCCGUGACCCGCCGUGACGAGGAAACGGGUGCACCUGCUCCUGCUGGCCCCCGCCCGCGCCGUCGUCGCAGCUCGGCGAUUGUGCGGCGCGUGAGCAGCGCCCUGCGCAUUGUCGGCUCUGCCGUGCGCGCCAUUGUUCGCCGUAACCGCGCCCCAAGCACCAACAACAGCGACGAUGGUGAUGCCAAUCGCCUGCACGAGGUGUGGAACCGGACUGAGAUUGACGGCCACGAGUACACGGGCGGCAUGGUGGUGGUUGGGGGAGGCACGCGCGCGCCACCCAACACGCCCGUCACGCCACGGCGCGGGGAGCCGCCCAUGCUGCCGUCCACGCGGUGCAACUGCCGGUCCUGCGCCGCGAUCGUGGAGAUGCUGCGCCUGCGCGAGCUGCAGGAGCUGCAGAGGGACGAUGAGUGAGUCAUUGAGAGGGGGGGGGUGUAGCGAUGAUUGCGGAAGAGGUGGUGGAGGGAUCACUCCAGUGUUCCAGCUCCAGGUUGACCAGCGCAGCUGCAUGUCUUGCAUGUUCUGUUUGCUUGCUUGCUUGUGUGCUCACUUGCCUUUUGUUGGCUGCACCUUGGUGUGCGUGCUCUUUUUCAAGUCUGCACGGCGUUUGCUUUGCCCUGCUUCCCCUCCCUCCUCUUCUUUGCUUGUCACGUCACUGUCACUGCCUCCUUCUCUCUCUGCGUUCUGCGUUCUUGCUGUGAUGUGUGCGAUGUGUGUUAUACACGAUUCCCUGCUUGUGCUCUGCACACUCCUCCUCACAACGCCUCACGCGCCUCUUGCUUUUUCCAUCCCAUACACACGCCCCUGUCUUCGCACCGAUGCCCUUCCUUCCAUAAACAGUUCCAUCGC